AUGCUACCGCCGAAUAUCGUUCGGCUUUUGCUCCUGCAGUCAUGCGCUGCUGCUCUCGCGACCGAGCCUCCCACACAUUCUCUAUCCUCUCGCUCCGGCGCGUGUUCCGGACAACUCCACGACUGUCUAGGCCAUGAAGACUCGCAACUAUCGCACAGACCAAACCAUCUUGGGAUAUGGGGAGAAGUUUUAAGAUGGAAGAGAGCUGGUGACGGUGGUGGUGGAGGAGGAGGAGGAGGAGGCAAAGGAGGAGGUGGUCCGGGAGGUGGUCCAGGAGGUAAUCCAGGAGGUAAUCCAGGAGGUAACCCAGGUGGUGGUCCAGGAGGAAAUCCAGGAGGCAAUCCAGGAGGCAAUUCAGGAGGUAAUCCGAAUGGUAAUCCAGGAGGUGGUCCAGGAGGAAAUCGAGAGAAAGGAAAGCCUCCAGGUGGUCCCCCUAAUGGCGGCCCUCCUCAGAAAGGAGGCAAAAACAAUGACGGAGAUGGAAAGAAAGACAACAGUGACAGUGACCGCAAUCGCCCGCCUGGUCGGCCACCUAACCCAGACAACGAUGACCGCGACGGCAAUAAAGGCGACAAAGACAAUAAAGGCGGCAAAGACGAUAAAGACAAAGACAAAGACAAAGACAAAGACCACAAGCCAAACGACGGAGAUAACCGUCCUCCCAGGCCUCCACAGAAUGAUCCUCCUCCAUCAGAUCCAACACAGCGACCAGAUCCGCAACAGGACCCUCCUCCAACGCGGCCUCCUACGCAAGAUGAACCUGUGCCUUCAAGGGGCCCUGACCCGACAUCUUCUCCCCCGCGGGAGACCCCAAAGGAAGGCGAGCCCGCAACGCGCCCGCCUGAGCAAGGAACCCCCCAGCCGACCAACACAGACCCUCCCACGUCGCAGCCUGCAUCGUCAGAUUCAGGCAAUACCCCAAAGCCAACUGAGCCCUCUACUCCCACCAACGAUCCCAAGUCACCUUCUUCCCAGAACUCAUCAUCCCCAGAGCCAUCAGGGUCAUCAGAAUCACCUAAGGCGCCGGAGCAAACUUCACCACCUGCAGGGCUACCAGCUGAAUCCUCCAGUCCCUCAUUAACCGCUUCAGCAUCAUCGUCAGCUGCUUCGGCUUCUUCCACCACUACCCCAGGCGCUGCUAAAUCGAAAGGUAGCGGCCUUAGCAAAGGUGGCGUUGCUGCAGGCGCUGUCUUCGGCGGAUUCGUCGUUAUCUCCCUGGUUUUCCUCACAUUCGUAUAUUACAAGAGAUGGAAACAUGCCAGAGAGAACCAGAAUGACGGGCAAUCCAGCAGACGUCUAUCCCCGUUCCCUCCCACCCCGCCCAUGGGCGAUGUCCAACAUACCCAAGCUGGAAUUGUCGACCACAAUGACUCUGUGGGAUACGACCAUAAUAUGAACCCAUUUGGGGUCUUGUCAAGCCCACAACAAGGGGACGCAUAUCCCCAAAACAUCGAGGAGAAGGGCCUCCACUAUCCUUCAUACCCUUCACACCAAGAUGCCACCUAUCAGGCAUCUUUAAACCAAUCUUCCCAAGCUGAACUACAUUUCCCUCAGGGCAAUAUGGGCAAUAACAUGCAAUCCACGUCACUCCUUGCUUCAGGCGAGCACCAGCACCAAUAUCAUGCCUACUCUCCAAGCUACAUGGACGAUGAAAAGGCUGCGUAUCAUGCAGUCGGAGCACCCGGUCUUGUGGCAUUGCCGGAAUCCUCGCAGGAAAAUCUACACAAUCCGUCAGACAAUUACCGGCGUCCCAUUCCAAAGAGAUAUAGUGCCGUCAAUUCGCAUCAAGCUGCACGAAACAGCCUUCGGCAAGUAACAAACCGGAACAGUACUGUGUACCCCGGAAGUUCAUAA